CCUUCCCUUGGAGUGAAGAAGCCGACUAAAGCCCUGCUGUAUGUCAUAAUGAGCCCUGUGGGCCCUUACUUUGCAAGUGGAAGUUUUAAUCCAAUAUCCUUAUGGGCAGAUCCAAAAUAUGUAAGAGCCUGGAAAGGAGGAACGGGAGACUGCAAACUGGGAGGGAAUUAUGGUUCUUCUAUUUAUGCCCAGCAAGAAGCCCUAGAGUUAGGCUGCCAGCAGGUUUUGUGGCUCUAUGGAGAAGAUCACCAAAUAACUGAAGUUGGAACAAUGAAUCUGUUUCUCUACUGGAUAAAUGAAGAUGGAGAAGAUGAACUGGCAACCCCGCCUUUAGAUGGCAUCAUCCUUCCAGGAGUGACAAGACAAAGCAUUUUGGAUCUGGCACGCAAUUGGGGAGAAUUUAAAGUGUCUGAGCGAUACAUCACCAUGAGUGACCUGACAGCUGCCUUGGAAGAGAACAGAGUAAAGGAGAUGUUUGGUGCUGGAACAGCUUGUAUUGUGUGUCCUAUCUCUAAGAUUUUAUAUAAGGGCAAGCAUUUGCACAUUCCAACUAUGGAGAAUGGACCUCAGUUAACAAGCCGUUUCCUGAAUAAGCUGAGCGAUAUCCAGUAUGGAAGAGAAGACAGCGAUUGGGCAGUGCUGGUGUCAUGAAGGUGGAAGAGUUCAGACUCUCCUGACAGAACAGAUAUGAAUAAUGACAACUUCUGUAGCUGCCUGUGCGUAGCAUAGUUUCUGUAUCAGUUUGUUCCCCAGGAUGAUUGUUUCCACAAUCCAGCAAAUGUGAACACAAUCACUAUGAUUUCUACUGUAAUCCUAUUGGUAGAAGCCUGUCUUCCUGGUAGAGGUGCUAAGUGUUAGCAAUAGAACUUUCCUAAUGGUUUUCUUAGUGCCUCCUUGUGUCUUAUGUACAGUCUGAAAACUUGUAAAAUGCUCUUCAACUGCU